CCCCCCACUUAACGGAAGUGACGUCACUCGCCGCCAUCGUCGUAGGGACGUGGAGCCGUAGCCGUUCGGGUCGCUCGCUCUUUUUUUUUCUCUCUCUCUCUCUGAACACCGCCUCAGUCCUUGACCCCCCGCUCCCUCUCCGUUUCCCUCCAGCCACCUUCGCUGCGACGGCUCGCGCUCCCCUCGUGCUCUCUCGCUCGGCGCCGCGUGACGAAUUCGACGACGAUGACCCGCGGAAACCAGCGCGAGCUCGCCCGUGCCAAGAACAUGAAGAAGAACUCUGAGAAGGGUAAGAAGAAGGAAGACGGCCUCUCAGCCACCGCUCGCAAGCAGAGGGACGCCGAGAUCAUGCAGCAGAAGCAGCAGAAGGCGGCGGGGGAGCCCAAGGAGAGCGGCGGAGCGGCCGGCGGGAAGGACUAACGAGCGGGGCCGAGCGAUGCAGAGGGGUCUCGGGGGAGAGGAAGGGGGUGGGGGUGGUGAGCGCCACUCGCUUACGGGUGGCACCACAGCGGGCCGACGCGCUCAUCUCACCUUGCUGCUCCACCACCAGUCCACCUUGAGUCAUCACUCCCCCCCCCUCCAUCCUCUUCCUAACUCGUCCCAGCCCCCCUGACGUGAGAUUUUCGUCAGCGGGGUGUGGCCGGGUGUCGCCCCGCGUCCACCGCCGCCGCCAUCGUCGUGAUGAUUGCAAAGCCCCCCCCCACCCCCGCCCCCUUCGUCCACGAAAGGAAAACGCAGCCCAAGAAAUAAACGGUUCUCUCGUUAUGUGGUUACGUAGCUGGGGAUGUGCGUCUGCGACUCAUCUCGGGCUGGCCGACGUGAACGAGCAGCUUUGUUGGCGACAUCGUAACAGACCUUCGGCGUGACAUGGCAGAGCUCUGGUGACGUCCCUGCAUUGGCAUUGUAUUAAGCCGCGUCACUGUGACUGUGCACAACGUAACUUUAAUAUCUUUUCCCCUUCUCCAUUAAUGAAGAUCCAGAAUCGCGUCGGACGGCCCGAGACACGACCAGCCUAAGGCACGCACGGGCAAGGCAAGAGCCGUUUGUUGGGUUACGUCUCCCUUCUGGUCAGAAAUUGUCAGAUGUUUAAACUCUUAGCUCCUUUUGUCUUGCGUGGAAUUGUUUUACUCUUUCAUUGCAUCCCCCCCCCCCCCCCAAGUGUCCCCCCUCUGGUUAGAUGCAUGCACACGUGGUGGAAAAGGGGGGCGGGAAGGGGGUUUAGGCUUCUGCAAUGAACAUGCCCCCCCCCCCCCCUUAACCCUACCCAUGCAAAAUGAGCCCCCCGCAGACGUGCUCCUCCUACGUACAUCACCCCCCCCCCCCCCCAACUCCCACAGCAAGUACGUAGCAAAGACACUCCCCCCCCCCAACCCCCAUGCCGGGCUAGACUCGUAAGAGUAUCGAAUCAUUGGCCACGUCUGUGCAUGGCGGGGAGGAAAGGGGUCGUUGUCGCCAUCCCCUGGGUUUGUGCUUGAGGCAGAUCCGUUUUUUACAAGUCACGCGCCCGCGCCAUCAGCCCGUACAAUACAGACCAUUUAUUUUCAGAAUCGCGUUGGGGCACUGAAGAGGGCGUGUAACGAAAUGCGACUAAACAAGCGACGUCUUUUGCGUGUCAUCCUUUGGCGUUGCUUUUGCGAGCGACAACUGUGGCAUGUCAAAGUUGUUUUUGUGAGCCCACCCCAUGCAACACAUCUUCCAUGCAGCUACCCACCUCCCCCCCCCCCACCUUGCUCUUUUACAAAAGUUGUUGCUGACCCUGCUACCUCUCCCAUUGUAUAGCCAUGCCAUAUGCAAGCUAGCGUUGUUAAUCCUCUGUAUCUGCAGUGCAUGCCCCCGCCCCCCACGCUUGCGGUCUUGUUUUUUAAUUCGUAGUGUGCGCGUGUGUGCAACUUUAGGACGAAGUAGCCACAGCGCCCCCCCCCCCCCCUCCCCGGUUUUUCCUGUCCAUAGCUUUAUUUUCCCAAUAUAAUGAAUAAAGUUUCAAAGAAUGUC